CGUCGACGAGGAAAUAAACCAUCAUGUAGUUUUUCUAUCGGUCGUGAAACUGAGGAUAAUUUGAUGCCUGUCAGAUGAACAUUAAUGUGUUGUCCUCCACGCAAAGAUGCUUCGAAGAACAAGAACAACGAAGGUGUAUAAAGAGGAGUCGACAGAUGAUGACUCUGAAGACAUAACACCCAGUCAUAUCAAAGAUGAAAGUGAAGAGUUAGACGAAUGGUUACCAGACUUAAAUGAUGGCAAAAUAAAAGGUGGACGCCAGAAGUUGAAAGAUGGAACGGCUGAUACGAAAAAAGUCACAAAGAGGGUCGCCAAACCCAAAGAGCCAAAACCUAAAGCAGAGAGGAAGCCGAGAGCAGUACGGACUACUAAAGCUAAAAAGGAGAAGCUUAGUACAGAGCGACAACCUGAGGAGACCGAUGUACCAAAGCCAACAUCACAGCAACUCAUGACAGUUAAAGACGAGAGGCUAUCCAUCAACUUGAACAGUGAGUUCAGUAAUAAUUCAGCAGUCCCAGGAGAUAUGCCUGGUGAGGGAACGUCGUCUAGCCGACGUCCUUCCAAGGUAAAAAAAGAGGAACCAGAAGACUUCACCUUUGAUGAACCUGCUCAGAAGAAGCAGAGGACAGAUGCAUCCCAAGGAAGACCAGUUAAACUCAAAUCAGGAAAUUCCUGUUCGGAAGACCUGCAGAUGAGUUGGGAUCCCAUUCAGGUUCUCGCUCAAAAGACGGGUGUUGAGCAGUGGGUGUGUGCAAACAUUGCACAACUGUUGCAGGAGGAUAACACUGUUCCUUUCAUGGUGCGCUAUAGGAAAGAGUUGAUCAACCAUAUGGAUGCAGAUGCUGUUCGAGACGUGCAACUAGUUCUUGAAGAGUUACGGUCAGUGGCAAAGAAGAGCAAGACCAUUGCUCAAACACUGAAGAAAGAAGGAAUUCUUACUUCAGAGCUGGAAAAGGCUCUGAAGAACUGUACAGCAGCUGAUGAAAUAGACCAUGUGUAUGCUCCCUAUAAAAAGGGCAGUAAGUUGUCCAAGGCCCGGCGAGCUAAGGAGCUGGGAUUGGAACCUGUUGCACUAGCUUUGCUUCAGUCACCCCAGACACUGAACCUGCAAUCCUGGAUCCAGCCCAACAAAAAGGGUUUAUCUACUCUGGAGGAGGUGGCCACAGGUGUGCAGGAGAUCCUGGCAGAUAUGAUUUCUAAAGACAAAGAGACACUCACAUAUGUCCAAUCACUGUGCGACAGGGCGAUGGUGACCAUUCACUCCUCAGUGUCUAAAACAGCCCUUAAAGAACAGCAGGAGCAGCAGGGAAAUCAGAAGAGUAAACCAAAGGACAUUGCCAAGUUCAGCCUGUAUAGUGACUUUACCUGCAACGUCCAGCAAAUCCAGCAUCAUCAGACGUUAGCCAUUAACCGUGGGGAGAAUCUGAAGAUUCUGACAGUGAAGGUCAACAUCCCCGACUGGGUGAAGAAUGAGUUCUGUAGGUGGUGCAUCAACGUCAGGUGGAAGCCACAAGGAUUUGCCCAGCCAGAACUGAUGACGGUUUUGAGGAAUGCUGCUGAGGAUUCCUACAAAAGACUCAUAAUGCCUUUUCUUAGCCGAGGCUACAGAACGAAGUUGACCGCGAGUGCGGAAAAAGAAUCUAUCGCAAUGUUUGUUCGUAAUCUACGUCAGCGUCUUCUCAUGUGUCCUGUGCGAGGGAGGGUCAUCAUGGGAGUGGACCCAGGAUUUCAUCACGGCUGUAAACUGUCCAUCCUUUCCCCCACCAGUCAGAUACUUCAAACAGAUGUGGUUUACCUGCAUGGCUCUGCUAGACAAAGAGAGGCGGGAAAACUGCGCCAUCUUAUGCUUAAACAUGGCUGCCAGACCGUUGUCAUAGGAAAUGGCAAAGCAUGCAGAGAGACUGAGGCCUUCUUUACUGACCUUAUUAAACAGCGCUUCUUCCACCCUCUUGAUGUUUCCUACUGCAUAACAGAUGAAGCAGGAGCGUCCAUCUACAGUGUAAGUCCUGAGGCUGUAAAGGAGAUGCCUGACUUGGAUCCCAACUUAAGGAGUGCAGUGUCCAUUGGGAGGCGUGUUCAGGACCCUUUAGCAGAGCUCAUUAAGAUCGACCCCAAACACAUUGGUAUUGGCACCUAUCAGCACGACGUGUCACAGAGUUUGCUGAGGGCAGCGCUGGACGGAGUGGUGCAGGAGUGUGUGAGCUUCGUGGGAGUGGACAUCAACAUCUGUUCAGAGACGCUGAUGAGGCAUGUAGCCGGCCUGAAUGCAGGGCGCGCUCGCAGCAUCAUGGAGUGGAGAGAAAAAAACGGACCAUUUCUGAACAGAGAGCAGCUAAAACUGGUGAAAGGCCUGGGCCCUAAGAGUUUUCAGCAGUGUGCUGGGUUCAUCAGAGUCAACCCAGAGACAGUGCACAGUUACACCCCUGGAGGAAAGCAAGAACUGGAUGUUCCCCAGAAACAGACAGUUGAGAAGAGAAAAGUCAAGGCCUCUGGUAGCAUCUCUAACCAGUUUAACCCAUUGGACCAAACCUGCAUCCACCCAGAGUCCUACAGUAUCGCCUUGAGGUUCUUGUCUCAAAUUGGAGGCAGUUUGGAUCAGAUGGGCAGUGCUGAACUCAGGGACAGUGUUAAGAGCAGUGUUGAGAGCAAUGGUCUGGAUGUCCUGGCCAAAUCUCUGAACACCACACCUGAGACUCUACAACUUAUAGUGGAUGGACUCACCCAACCACCCGGUUUUGACAUUCGACAGGAUUUCGAGCAGGCGGACUUUAAGAGAGAAGUCGUGUCUAUGAAUGACCUGUAUGAGGGGAUGGUGCUAACAGGUCGUGUAACAAACACUGCGUUAUUCGGAGCCUUCGUGGACAUUGGAGUCGGACGAUCUGGUCUCAUCCCGAAGCGUUACAUCACUCCUGAUAAACUUCCUGCUGACCAGAGGAGACGCAGUCUAGCCCUUGGUCCAGGUGAACGGGUGGAGGUACUGGUCAAAAAUGUGGAUCUUCAGAGGAAUCGGAUCACUCUGGAUCUCAUUAAGGUUCUCCGAUAAUUUGAAUAAGGAUUUAAAUAACAAAAAGUUAGUGUAAUGAAGAUGAACCAUUUGUAAAGUAUGCUUUAAUGCCACAAUUUUUGUAUUUGUUCAUGGGAAUGAAACGUUUUCCAUUUAGCUGCUAUGUUCUUGAAUGUUAUAAUAGAUAACUGUUGAAAUGUGUAAUGUUGGGUAAAAAUAGUUUUUGUAAUGAAUAUAUAUUGUUUUUUUCCAUGUCUGACUCCAUUUAUUUGAAUCUUUCGUUUUAUAAUAUCUUUAUAAUAUCUGUCUUUUGUUUUGCAUGUACAAUAACAUUCACUGUAGAAACAUCAUGUUUCAUUAAAGAUGAUGUUAGAAAAGA